AUGCGCUCCAGUGGCGCCUCGGGUGCUGCUGCAGCUGCAGCUGCUGUCCCCGCUGCUGUCCCCGCUGCUGUCCCCACUGCUGCACCUGCUGCUGCACCUGCUGCUGUUCCCGCUGCCGCCAAUGGUGGUGCAGCUAAUUUUGAAGAGAACAAGAUCCCCGCAACGGGGGGAGCUGUUUUCCGGUGCCCUGUCUGCACCACAGUCAGUCACUUAGUUCCCGCAGCUGCCGCUCCACCCCCUGCCCUCGUGAGGACCGGGCACUUCAGUGCUGCCACUGGCGUAGCCGGUAAUCGUUGGUAUGCUGUUGUUGUUGGACGCUGUGUCGGAGUGUACCAGAACUGGGAGCAGGUAGUUCAGCCUCUCGUCCACACUGUCCCCGGUUGGCACUGCCAGGGCUUCACAACAUUUGAGGAAGCCGAACAGCACUUGCUCAGCCACUGGCACAUGGCCCGCAUUCACGCCUAG